AUGCCCAACCCAAAUCGCGUCACUGAGAAGCUCUUCCAGUCGCCCUCUAAGUACAUUCAGGGUCCAUCCGCGAUUCAUAAUGCACCAAAGUACCUAUCAUCCUUUGGAGUUGCACCGCUGCUACUUUGCGAUGACUUUGUCUACGGGAUUGCUGGUGAGGGGCUCAUGGCCGCGCUCGAAGUAGCAAAAUUCAAGGUGACUCGAGGCAUUUUCGGCGGCGAGGCAUCGAAGGACGAGAUCGUGCGCCUCGGAGCGCUCGGAAAGGAUAAGUUAGUUGAUUUCAUUAUCGCGCUUGGUGGCGGCAAGACCAUCGACAGCGCUAAGGCCAUUGCAGAUGACCUAGGGCUGAAGGUCGCCGUGUUGCCGACGACCGCAUCGACCGACGCACCUUGCUCUGCCGGCUCCGUCCUUUACCAGCCGAACGGGAAAUUUGAGAACUACAGAUUUUACUCAAACAAUCCCUCCAUUGUCCUUGUCGACACAAGUAUCGUUGUCCAGGCACCCUCACGCUUCCUCGCAUCAGGCAUCGGCGAUGCGCUUGCGACAAACCUCGAAGCUAAGGCCGCCCGUAACAGCCCGAACUUUGGGGGUGGGCUCCCGACUGAGGCUGCUGUAGCAAUCGGUGCGAAGUGCGAGGAGAUCCUAUUCAAGUACGGCCGGCAGGCAGUGGAGGCUAAUAGAGCCAAGGCCGUCACUCCAGCGUUUGAAGCCGUCGUAGAGGCGAAUACCCUUCUCUCUGGCCUGGGCUUUGAGUCUGGUGGUCUCGCCGCCGCACAUGCUAUCCACAAUGGUUUAACCGCCAUUGACAACCAUACAUUGCAUGCUAAGAUGCAUGGGGAGAAAGUCGCCUUUAGCACAAUCUGUCAGCUCAUCCUUGACAGCGCUCCUACGUCUGAGAUGGACCGUUACAUUUCGUUAAUGGCCUCCGUCGGGCUUCCUACAACGUUGGCUGAUCUAGGUAUUGGAAACGCGACCGAUGAAGAGUUGAGGCGAGUGGCGGCUCUUGCAUGUGCGCCGAACGAGACGAUCUGGAAUAUGGACAGGGUGAUCACCGAAGAGAUCGUGUUCAAUGCAAUUAAAGGAGCAGACGUCGCAGGAAAAGACCACAAAGUACGCACCGGGUCUGUAGGUUUCCUGUAA